CAUCCAGCACUCAAAUCCCAUACAUUUCGCAAGCACUUGAAGACACAGACACUACAUAAAACCAAGCAUCGCCAUGGCGCACUACCAGGAGGUGGACUACAGCUCGGAGGAGGUGAGGUCGGUGGCCAACCCGGCCGCCGGCUUCGGCUGCCACGGCGGCGGUGGCGUCCAGCAGCACGUUGUCAAGGAGACGUUCCAGGAGGUUGACAAGGUCUCACGCGCCGGCGGCAGGGGCCACCAAGGCCAUGGCUCCGGCCACUUCGAGGCGCGCGAGACCAAGUUCGAGGAGGACGUGAACACCUGCACCGGUGAGUUCCACGAGCGCAAGGAGAGCCUCGUCGUCAGGGCUGACUGAUCAGCUCCACGCGGCUCCAUAUCGUACGUACGUACGUAUAUGCUUGGACCGGGGCACGUACCACGUACGUACGUACGUGCGUGCCCAUAUGUGUGUAUAAAUUUGUGCAAGGUCAUACCGUAUGUAUGUGUAUGUACUUGGCUGGCGUGCAUGCACGCAGCUUCUGUACGAACUACGGAAAUAAUCUCGGGACCUGAAUAAAGCUUCUCCGUACUACCUACA